AACGAACGAACCUGGAGACCGGACACACCCUUUCCAUCCAUAUUCCUCUUUCUUUCUUUCUGAUAGUCGACCGACCCUCCCCCGGCCCUCUAUCUUAUCCCACCCACCGUAAUACCCCCCCUCCCUCCUCUCCAGGCCUCGACUCGACCCGAUCCCGACUUGACCUUGUCGCCGUCCACUCAGUGUCGUCUGUCAUCACCACCAACUAACAUCAUCAUCACCACCACCGUCCAUACACAGUCACAGACACACACAUCCAAACAUGGCUUCCACAUCCCCCGCCACCGUCAACGGCGACGUUGCGCCCGCCAACUAUGACCUCGUCCUCAAGCUCGCUCCCCAUCUCGACCGCCACAUGAUCUUCCCCCUCCUCGAGUUCAACGCCGGCCGCCUUAAGGAAGAUGAGACCGACAAGGCUCGCGAGAUCCUCGCCGCCAAGUACGCCCUCCUCAAGAAGACCAACAUGACCGACUACGUCGCCAACCUCUACUGCGAGCUCGAGGGUCUUAAGGAGCCCCCCGCCGAGUACGCCGAGCGCCGCCAAAAGGUCUUCCACCAGCUCGAAAAGUACGAGCAGGAGACUGCCAAGAUCACCGAGCUGCUGCAGCGUGACGAUGUCGUUAACAACCUGCGCUCCGACAAGGUGGCCAACUUGGAGUUCUUGAAGAAGGAGCACGACGUCACCAUCGACAUGGUCAACGCCCUCUACGACUUUGGCCAGCUCCAGUACUCGUGCGGCAACUACGCCGACGCCUCGGAGCUCCUCUACCGCUUCCGCGUCCUCUCCACCGACAACGACAAGGUCUCGUACGCCACAUGGGGUCGUCUCGCCUGCGAGAUCCUCACCAUGAACUGGGAAUCCGCCAUGGAGGAGCUGCAAAAGGUGCGCGAGAGCAUCGACACCAGGCUCGCUAACAACCCCCUUGCUCAGCUGCAGCACCGCACCCAGCUCGUGCACUGGGCCCUCUUCCCCCUCUUCAACUACGACAAGGCCCGUGAGCCCCUCCUCGACCUCUUCUUCAACGCCGGCUUCAUCAACACCAUCCAGGCCAACUCGCCCUGGAUCCUCCGCUAUCUCACCGUCGCCGUCAUCACCAACCGCGGCCGCGCUAAGAACGCCGGUGUCCACCAGAAGCAGAUGAAGGACGUUGUUCGCAUCGUCAAGCAGGAGGCCUACGAGUACCAGGACCCCAUCACCCGCUUCGUCCACGCCUUGUGCAUCGACUUUGACUUUGAGGAGGCCCAGCAACAGCUCGUGCUUGCCGAGGAGGUCCUCAGGAGCGACUUCUUCUUGCUCGCCCACGCCGAUGACUUUGUCGACUCGGCCCGCCACCUCAUCUUCGAGAGCUACUGCAAGAUCCACGCCCGCAUCUCGCUCAAGGACCUCAGCGCCCGCCUCGGCCUUAAUAACGACGACGCCGAGAAGUGGAUUGUCAACCUCAUUCGCGACACCCGCCUCGAUGCCAAGAUUGACUACCAGGAGGGCACCGUUGUUAUGAACCACCCCCCGAGCUCCGUGUACCAGCAGGUCAUUGAGCGCACCAAGGGCGGUUUCUUCAGGACGCAGGUCUUGACUGCUGCUGUUGCCAGAUAGGCGGGUGACAAUAGCGGCAGUGGAGAACUGACUGAUGGUGGCGGCAGAAGUAUACCCGGGUCGACAUGGCAGAAAAGCAAGGGCGAUAAGAGGAUUGCGAAGGAAUGAUUAUGGCAUGGGCUCGAUCGCAACGCAUGAAAGCGGCGACUGAUUUCGUCGAAUGUGAGACCGAGAUUAUCGCCAACGAUUGGAACGCGGCGAACAUCAAGUGGCCAGGCGAACUCAGUCGCUUCAUGGCAGGCGAACUGCUUCAGCGUAUGGGCUUCAACUUGACCAGGACGAGUCUCGGAUAGAUCCCCUCCCAGCAUCUUUUAUCCCAUUGUAAUGAGAGGAUUUGAAAGUGGGAAUCCAAAAAGGGUUAGCGAUGCAUUUCGAAGAAUAGACCUUUUUUCUUCUUCUGUUUUCAUCUGCCUCGAUAGUCUUCUCUAUCUGUCAGCGUUUGGCAAUUGUCGCUAUUUCUCGUGUGGGCAUGGGCUCGGGCGGUAGAGGCAGCAAGGGAAUUAGGACAAUGGAAGGAGGCCUUUUACGUCAUGACAACAACCGGUGUAAUUAUACCUCUUUAGUGUGUGUGUGUUUUCUUUUUACAGGCUUCUCAUCAGGCGUAUCAAAAUGGUUAUGGCUCAUUGCUUUCAGAUGGCUUAUCAGGCGGGUUGCCUUUCCCAUCCG